AUUGUAAAGUGGAGCAGCCAGCUGAAGUAACCUAGCUGCCAUGGCUACUCGUCGGUUGCCCUAAUUCCGUUCGUUCUUUCGCUGUCAACCCAUCCGUGUGAUUGGCCCGUAGGAUCGCAGUCAUGGACAAUGAAGAUACUAAGAUCCCGAGCGUUCCCAAGAAGCCGAUAUUCUUCGGUAGCCUCGAGAUUGCCGAGAAGCAGCGGCUCGAGAAGCUGAAGCAGCAGGCCGCCGCUUUCGCCGGGAAGGGCGGGGAAGGCGACGACAAGGACAAGGACCGAUCCGACGACAAGGAAGGGAUUAAGGAGGAGGAUGACAUGGAGGAGAAUCUGGGAGAAGGGGAGGAGGACGAGGACGAGGAGGAUGACGAUGAGGAGCAGGAGGAAGUGGAGGGAGGAGAAGGGGAAGGAGGAGGGGGAAGCCGAGCCGGCAAAGGGGAGGGAUUCGAGUACGAGUUAUCUGAGACCGGGAAACGCGCUAAGGAGCGGCAGGAGCAGAUGCUUAAGGAGCUCGAGAUGAAGCGACGCGCGCGCGCGCUCGCGGUGCCGACUAGCGACACGGCGGUGCGGCUGCGGCUCCGCGCGAUCGGCGAGCCAAUCACGCUCUUCGGCGAGCGCGAGAUGGAGCGGCGCGACCGACUUAGGUCUAUAAUGGCUAAGCUAGACGCGGAAGGGCGGCUCGACGAGCUCUAUGACGCGAUCGAGCGGCAAAUGCGGGAGAGCGGGGAAGGCGGGGGAGAGGUUCUAGAGACAGAGGAGGUUCCCCAGGCGGAGUUAUUUUACACGGAGGGCAGCAAGGAGCUGCUGGAGGCUCGGCAGGCGAUUGCGGUUUUUUCGCUGCCCCGGGCAGGUGAAAGGAUUCGGCGCGCGAAGCGGAGGCGGGAGGAUCCGGAUGAGGACGAGGAGGCGGAGGCGAAGGAGAUAAUGGGCGUGGUGCAAGGGUUUAGCAUGCAGGUGUCAGAGAUUGGCGAUGAACGCCCCAUCUCCUCCUGCGCCCUUUCACCCGACGCCUCCUAUCUCGCCACCUCUGGCUGGAGUGGUUCCUGCCGCCUCUGGUCGCUGCCAGCUGUGCGGGCAGCGGGGUCGCUGCGGGGUCACUCAGAGCGCACCACGUGUGUGGCCUGGCACCCCCACGCGCUCUCGUCCCUCUCCGCCUCCGGUCCCAACCUGGCCACUGCUGGCGCUGACAGGUGUGCCCUGCUCUGGCCGCUACCCUGGUCCGCCACCAACCCCCCUGAUGCCAACGGCCAAACCGACGGCCCGAUGUCUCUCCCUCAAGUCGACGGUGUAGAUUUCUCCUCGCGCCCAGCUCCCCCCUCCUCCGGCUCCGCCCCCAACCUCUCCACCCCCCUCCUCCGCCUCUCGGGUCACCUGGACCGGAUCGCCCGGGUUGCCUUUCACCCGUCCGGAAGGUUCCUGGCAAGUACGGGCUUUGAUAAGACGUGGCGGCUGUGGGACGUGGAGAGGGGCGGCGCGGAGCUGCUGCUGCAGGAGGGGCACAGCCGGGCGGUGUACGGCGUCUCUUUCCAAAAGGACGGCGCGCUGGUUGCGACGUGUGGGCUGGACGCGCUGUGCCGGGUGUGGGACCUGAGGACAGGGAGGAGCAUACUAGCACUUGAGGGGCACGUGAAGCCGCUUCUGGCGUGCGACUUCUCCCCCAACGGCUACCAUCUAGCCACAGGAGGGGAGGAUCACACGUGCCGCGUGUGGGACCUCAGGCGAUGCAGGAAGGCAGGGGGAGGGGGAGGGGGAGGGGGAGGGGGAGGAGGGGCGGGUGGGGGCAGUCUGUACGUGAUCCCUGCUCACACGCGCUUGGUGUCGGUGGUGCGGUAUGAACCCAGGGAGGGGCACCUGCUGCUGACGGCUGGCUACGACAACACUGCCAAGGUGUGGUCGGGGUUGGACUUCAAGCCUGUGAAGGUGCUGGCAGGCCACGAGGGCAAAGUCAUGGGUGCUGACGUGGCAGCAGAUGGGCAAUGCGUAGUCACGGCGUCUUACGACCGGACAAUCAAGCUAUGGGGUAAUGAUGACACUGGGGCUGCUGCGCCCAUGCUGCAAUGAUACGUAAGGGUGGUUUACUUGUGUUGUGCAUGUGUUGAGAGGCACAGACAGAUGUGGUUGUUGGUGGAUGCAUCUAUUUACAAUGCAUUGGCUCAUUUGGAAAUGCACCUAAACUUGCGUGGAAGCACCAUCCGUAGUGUGCAGUUUCAGCCAGGUCAUGAAGCUGGAGUAGGACUAGAACUAGAGUGGCACCGUAGAAUCGGCUCGGAUUACGGUAUAUACAGACUGGAAACUACUCUGCCACUGAGUUCGCUCCUUUGUUUUGCAUUCCCCUGGAGGAGUGGUGCAACCAUAUGUUGCACAUGGCCAAGCUUCUCAAUUAAGUGCGCUCCAGAAU